AUGUCCCUCCUCCAGGUCAACGGGGUCCCAACACCCCUCCCCGUGGAGGUCUCCCCCAAAUUGUCCAUCAACGAGACCCGGGGCACCCUCUGGCUCACCCAAGACCCCGAAUUCGUCAUCGGCCUCAGCCCCGCCGGGGAGGUGACGGUGAUGGUGGCCCGGGACCUCAGCAAGGGCCUUUGUGGCCUCUGCGGUGACUACGACGGGGACGCGGCCAACGACCUCCGUGGGCCCGAUGGGAAACUGGUGGGGGACACGGUGGCACUGGCCAAGGCCUGGAGGGCGCCCGACUUCACCCUCGGGGAAAUAUCUCCCAAAAGAGGGGAAAUCACCCUCAAAAGGAGGGAAAUCACCCCAAAAAUAGAGGAAAUCAUCCCCAAAAAGGGGGAAAUCAGUCAAAAAAUAGAGGAAAUUAUCCCAAAA